AUGUAUAUAGUGAAAAACAACGACGAUGGAAGGCGAUGGGCAACCAUCGCCAUCUACCGCGAGUGCCAACGAAAGCACUCUGGGCAGACGGGUCACCAUGUAGUUGACGGGUGCCUAGAGUUCUUAGGCUACAGAGACGACCACCGAUCUGAGGUGACUUUCUACUGUUCCAAAUGCGGCUGCAACCGCAACUUUCACCGGAAGGAAGAAAUCUCUAUCCUAAUUGACCCCACAACCGUCCACAUGGUUCACGAGUCGGCGACUGCUCGUCCUCCUCCUCAUUGCAGUGCUCCUUCUCCACCACCACGGCAAGUCCCCAUUCCCGAGGUACACAUCGGGAACGGAGAGGCGGAACAAGAGGAGACCAGCGAGCAGAAGAGAAAGAGGACUAAGUUCACGGAAGCACAAAAAGAGGCGAUGAGAAGGUAUGCGGAAAGGUUGGAGUGGAGAUUGCGGGGACAUAAUGAACAUCAACUUUUUCAGUUUUGCUUGGAAAUUGGGAUUACGCUGCAGAAUUUCAAGUUGUGGAUGAGGAACAAUAAGAGAAGCUUCAAUUUCAUGAUAAGGAAAAACCAUCAAACGAUCGAAGAACUCACAAAUCCAGUUGAUCUCACUGGUGUCUACAACAGGCCGUUAGGAUCAUUCGAUCAGCACGACCUUGAGCUAUGGGCCGUCCAAGAGGGGACCGCAAAUCCCACAAUCUGGAUUGAUGACUUGGUUGGGCCCGUAUAG